AAGCGCACGAGCAGUCGAAUAUGUAUAAGGAUUUAUGCAAAUCAGCAGGAAUGCAUUGAAAGAUGAACAUGGCCGUCAGCCAUCAGCACUAGAGCAAUUAACAGCAUCCGACUCUCUUGAAAAUGGGAUACACGUAUUUGCUGCGGCCGCUAUUGGAAAGCUCGUAAACUCACUCGCUACGAAGAUGGUGCAUCUGUUGACCGCAAUAGGCCCUUGUAGAAAUAUGAGGUUGGCUCUCUACUGGCCAUCAUGCUUCGGAAUUUGACAUUCAAUGAGUUUAAUGCAGGUAUGGCAGUCGAGACUCAAGGAACUUCGACGUUUAGAACUCUCAGCAGGUUGGUUGCAGGAAGAAGCACCAUCAAACACGAAAAUUGGUCAAUGAUGGAGUAGUG